GAGCUGAACUUGGAGGGAGAACGCAUUGUGCUGCUGCUACAUGCUAACAGGAGAUAAACUUAUCCACAAGAGCACUUUUCUCCUAGUCUCCGUCACUUUUUAAGGAUAAGGAUGGAUUUGGAAGAUGACACCACGAUCCUGACCACCCUCAAGUCCUUCAACUCCUUCAUCAGCCAAUCAGAGCCUCCCCGAGGCGCCAUUCUCACAGCUCCGCCUACUCUGCAGAGCCAGUACAAGCGCAGCUUCGAGUUGUUGGAAGCCGCAGAGAAGGUGCAGUCCAAGACCCGGUUUCUUCAGUUGGACCAGGAGAAGAAGCAGAUGGAGCUGAGCCAUAAGAAGGCUCGACUUGAGCUGGAGAAGGCAGCGUCUGACAGCGCACGGGACCUGGAGCAUGAGCAGGGCCGUAACCAGGAGCUGUACGCACGCAUCAAGAGACUGGAAGAGAGCGAGGCACAAGCGAUGGAGAGACUGAAGGAGCAGCAGGAGACCCAGCGCUCUCUCAGGAAGGCUCUGGACAGUCUGAACAAGAGCCUGGAGGAGAAGGAGGACAAACUCAGUACGGCUAACCAGACCAUCAGCUCUCUACAAGACGAGAUCCGCGACCUCAAACUGAAGCUGCAGAGUCAGGACUCCACCAUCUCCACCCAGGGCCUGGAGAAAGAGGAGCUCCAGGAGAAACUUCUCCUGCAGCAGAGAAAGUACCAGGAUGUAUCUCAGCUCUGUCAGAGUCUGCAGGCGGCUCAGUCCACCUGCUCUGAGCACGUCCUCAAGAUAAAGGAGCUGGAGCGGCGUCUCGUCCUCCAGGAGCAGGACAUGUCCAUAGUGAAGAUGGUGAAGUCUGAGGCAGCCAAAGUCCCUGAGCUGGAGAAGGAGCUCAAGAGACUGAGAGAGGACAACGCCUUCCUCCGGGAGAACCGGGAGAACUGCAGUCUGCUGAAGGAGGAGGCUGAGGGACUGAGGAGGAAGCUGGAGAGGGCAGAGAAGACCAGAGAAGAACUGCUCUGUCUGGAGCUGGACAAAGAGAAGCUGGCUGCGAAGCUUGAGGCCUGGGAGAACCUGGGACAAUCCUCUGGACUCAACAUCAAGAGCCCUGAGGAUCUGUUCAGGGAGGUGAUGCAGAUCCAGCAGAGGGAGAUCACACUCAAAGAACAGAACUACAUGCUCAACAGCCGGGUGAGGAGCAUGGAGCGGAGCCAGUCGGAGCUGCAGUCUGAAGCCUGCCAACAGAGGGCGUGCACAGCGGAGGAGCAGAGGCGGAGGGAGGCCCAGGACUCACUGGUGCGUCGGCUGCAGAAGAGGUUGCUGCUCCUCACCAAGGAGCGUGACGGGAUGCGUGGGAUCUUGGAGUCAUACGACAGUGAGCUCGGAGCAACGGAAUACUCCCCACAGCUCAACAGACGAGUGAAGGAGGCUGAGGACCUGCUGCAGAAGACCCAGAGCCACAACACUGAGAUGGAGGCCCAGCUGACCAAAGCCCAGGAAGAGUGUGGAUUUCUCCGGCUGCAGCUCCACACAGUGGAGCAGGAGGCGGAGGAGCUGAAGAGGAAGCAGGCCUCAGCGAUGGAUAGCGUGUCGGCAGUGAGCAAGGAGGAGGUGGCUAUACUCAGACAGAAGAUUGAAGACUUGGAGGCGGAGAGACAGCGCUUGGAGCAGCUGAACGGAGAGCUGGAGAUGAGACUGGAGAAGCACACUCUACAGGGAGAUUUUGAUCCAGCCAAAACCAGACUUCUGCACUUCAAGAUGAACCCCACAGCUGUUGCCAAGCAACAGCGGCAGCAGGAAGUGGAUUCUCUGCAAGAGGAAGUGACACGUCUGCGGGAGCUGGUGCGCGUGGUGCAGGAGAGCGGGGCCCAGGAUGAGAGCAGUGUGUUGGGGCUCAGCCUGAGCCUGCCCCCCUCUAAAGAGGUCUUGGAGCUGCGUAAACAGAAGGAGAGCUCGGAGCUGAAGAACCAGCGUCUGAAGGAAGUGUUCCAGAAGAAGAUCCAGGAGUUUCGGACGGUGUGCUACGUUCUGACCGGAUACCAGAUCGACAUCACCACGGCUAACCAGUACAGGCUAACAUCUGUGUACGCCGAGCACAUGGACGACUCACUGCUCUUCAAGAAGGGCUCCAGUGGAAGUAUGCAGCUGAUGGAGACGGAGUUCUCCAAGACGCUGGGCGAGAUGGUCUCUCUGCACCUGCACCACCAGAAGAGUAUCCCAGCAUUCCUGUCGGCCGUGACCCUCGACCUCUUCAGCAAACAGACCGUGGUGUGAGGGCAUAGUUCACAUUUCCGGACAAUUCCACCAUUUUUAGUCCUGUAUUUUGUAAGAACGCUGCAGGCUACUCAACUGUGAUCUUUAGAUUUUCAAAAAUGAGGAAAUCUGUUCUCUGCGUUUGACCCAUCCUUCAGCGCCUCAUGACUUUUUUAGAUUUUGAUUAAGGAGUACCUAGCUGGAGGAUUAGCCUGUUUAUUUUACAGUGAGUUGCCUGGUUUUCUGAUUUCGUGAACAUGGUUACAGAUGUAAAUUUUUCUUAUAACUUCCUGAGACUGACUUAUUAAAAGGGAUGUGUGAUAUAUCGGUUUCUGUAUCGGCCGAUAUCAAGAGAAUUUUCAUGAUAUGUCAGCUGAUAUCGAUAUUUGAUACCAAUAUGGGUAAAAAUAUGGCUGUACAUUUACACAAUCAUUUGAUAUUCCAGAUAAAUUCUUUUAUUUUAGGGUGUGAUUUUGUCAUCUUUGCUUCAACUUAAGAUAAAUCCAUGGACCUUGCUAUGGAUUUUAAAAGCUAAACAUCGGUAUCGGCCAAUAACGGUUAUCAGCAAGCCAAGCCAAACAUCAAAUAUCAGUAUCUUUAAAAAGUACACGUUGAGGAGUGGAAUAUUCAUCUCCAAAUACAAUGGCUGAUAAAGCUAUUUUGAAAACUG